AUUGCGAGGGCAUCUGAGCAGGCAGCUCCUAGAUCUUGGGCAAAGACACCCAUUUCCAAUCGCAUGUGGUGGCUUACUAUUUCAUAAGUGCCUUUUACCCCGUGCGCCAGUGCUCGCAUAAGGGCUACGAAUUAGAUUAUACUCGUGUGAUGGUCACCACUGCUAUAAUACAACCUCUCCACACCUGGUUAUGAAACUAAAAUUCAUGUUCCGAGAUUUCUACAGCUCCGCUGUCGUAAGCCUCCCACUUGCACACGUCAGUAUCGCUAUCACUUCCGUCUCGUCUAUAGUCCCUUGCUACCAAACGCUCUCGUCUUGUUGGAAGCGGUCAGAAGGGGUUGCUCUGACGGUACUUCUGCUCGAAAGCAUGGUCCCUAGUGGAAGCGUACACGGAGACUGGACGCAGUACGAGCGAAAAGUCGUCAACGAGGGCAGAAACACAUAUAAGGCCGGCAGAGAUUGACUGGAUGAUAGAUGCACGUUGUCACAGAAAUGCGACAGAACUAAGCACCGGUUUGAGGCAGCAUGCAAGAUACUGCGCAUGGAAGAUACUGGAUCCCGCUAUAACCGACCAUGGCUUUGGAGUCUCAAACAAGUAGCAGCACGGUGGUCUGACCCUAGGCAGCUAACAAAAUUCUCAAUAGUAUGCAUGUCCUCGCCGUCAGCAGGCAAUCACGAGUGGGGCUGAAUCGAGGUGCUUGGUUGGGCUCUCAUAAUCGGGCUGCAACAAUCGUCGACGAUGCUUACUCUGAAUGCGCCUUGUUGUUUGAGAUGAGACCUGGAGCGUAGUUGCAGACCGGUCGAAAGGCCAUCAAAGGCCCGCAACGCUCCAAUGUGAUGUUGCUGCGCUGUACACGACUGAGCGAC